AUAAACUUGGAGGAGGAUCAGUUUGCUGUCCUUGAAGAGCUAGGUGUUGAAUGGGGACUCAUUGAUGAGUCAAAAAGAAGUAAGAGAUACAAAAAUCUGUCAGAACGUGGUGAUUAUUCUGAUUACAUAACCAUGAAGAUGAGCUUUGGAGGUGUCUAUCAAGCUGUUAAAAUGGCUUUUGCUACACAUGAAGAACAGGAACUGAUCAGAUCAUUCAUUAAUGAGGUUGAACAAAAAUAUCUUGCAGCUAUUAAGAGCAAACCUGUUGCAACAAGAGGCUUUACAUCAACUUACUUGAAGGAAGUGGCUCAAAACAUAAAAUCUGAAAUAGAAACAAUGGGAUCUCAGAGAAAAUAUGUAUUCAAGAAGGAGUUUACAGUUGACCUUUCACUGUAUGUGUUUGAUAGUGCAGAAGGUUGGCUAUUAAACUCUCACAAGAUCUACAGAGACAACAAUGAUGCUCAGACUUAUUUGGACAACAAGAAAAAUGAGUAUUACAACAUUUUCAGAAGCUUCUGCAAAGGAAGUUCAUCUGCUGUGGUGUUUGGAAAAAUUAUGUGUGAAAAACUCAAAGUCUCUGCUGUUGAAGCCGUCUGUAACAAGACUGGAGUUCAUAUUGCUGGAGAGAUGAGGUCCAAUUUCCCAGGACUCAAUGAGAGCAGACUGAAUUUAGAGAAACAUGUGUUAGCAUCUCUGGCAGAGAAAGAAGACUUUAGCAGGUUCAUCAGCUACAUCAGAAAUCCAAGAGCUCAAGUAGAGGCUUUCAUCAAAGAAGAAGUAAAGACAUACAUGUUCACGACACAGAAAGUUAAAGCCCAGACUAUCCUGAAGAAAAAUGUAGACGAUAUCACCAGAGUUAUCAGUCAGGCUUUGUUUGAAGCAACAGAGAAAUUCAAACACAGAAAAGGAAACAUAGAAAAGUGGGUGGAGGAAUUUUCUAGUAAACUGAAGCCAAAUUUGACACUUGAUACCAUUAGUUGUCAAAACUUCAGUGACAUAAACAAUUUUGAAUUUCUUAAAGAAGAGAUAGAGAAAAGCCUGAAAAGCAUCACAACAGAGAUGAGCAAACUCUCCCUGGAAAAAGUGAAUGACUGCAGGCAGAAGCCUGAUCAGAUCCUGAUUGAUCAGCUGUGUAACUGCUGCUGGGAAAGGUGUCCAUUCUGUGCUGCUGUUUGCACAAACACUGUGAAGGACCACAGUCCUCAGGAACACAGCGUUCCUUUUCAUCGACCAAAUGGGGUUAAAGGCUGGCAUUACAGAGGAACAGUUGAUCUGGUCAUUGAUUUCUGUACCACGUUAGUUGCAAGUGACGGAGCCUUUUACCCUGAUGCUGGCUCGAAGAAGGCUGUUCCUUAUAAACAGUACCCAACUGCAGGAGAAAAGUAUGCUUCAUGGAGCAUUACAGCUAAUGCCUCCAUUCUGGCCUACUGGCAAUGGUUCAUCUGCCGCUUUCAAAAGGAAUUAGAAGACUACUAUAAUUUGAAAUUUCAGGGUUACGGAGAAAUUCCUCAGCAAUGGAGAAACUUCAGUAAGAAGCAUGCUAUUGAAAGUCUGGAUGAAAUGUGUAGUUUGUGAAGAGACUGCAGGUUCAUAGAAACUAAUCAAAGUUGUGGGUUUGAGCAGUAAUUAUGAUGUUCAAGGCUCUUCAAAAUGAAUAAAUGAUCAUUUAUUACCUUUGGUUUGUACAUCCUGAAUGAGUUAUACUUGAGGGAUAACUCAAAUGGCUUCAAACAAACAGCUCUAGGUUUUACAUUAUAUUAUUUUUCAGUUUUAUUGUUUUUCUUUUCGUUAUUCUGAUCAUUUUUAGUCACCAAAAGAUGUUAUUUAGGAAAUAAGCAUUGAAAUAUCAAAUAUGACUCUUGAUUUUGGUUACAGUAUGUAAACAUCUUGCCUAUUGUAUCCAGAGGGAAUCAGUUUAUUAUGGUAUAUUUUCUCAUUUUUAAAAAUUUUAUACAUGUAUGGUAAAAUUUAAAUCUUAAUCCAUAAAUUUUUAAGCCCAAUUACAAUCAUAUUGCUCCAGUAGAUAAAUAUUUUAAAAUAAACCACAUGUGAAUUUCAUGAACUAGAUGUUUUUUGUAAAUGACUUUAAUGAAUUUAGAUUCACCCCGCCCCUAUUUUGUCAUUUAUGUUAAGUUAGUUAAACUAAUUUGUUAAGCAACUGAAUAUUCUUCCAUAUUUCUUUUUAGUUUUUUUUAUUUCUUUAGUAAUUCUAUUUCUUAUUCCCUGUAAAUUAGAUUUUCUCUAAAUAAACUCCAGGUUUUGUAAUAGAAAUGAUCAUGUAAAAAAUGUAACCACUCGAAGUAAAUGAAAUAAGCAUAAUUUUUUGACAUAUCACAUCAUUUAUAAUAAAUAUUAUAAGAUUUAACAGGACAGAUAACAUGAAUGAUGCAGAACAUUGUUUUACCAGUAAAUGUUUGACUUUAACUUGUAUUAAAUUCACUAAAAUGCU